GCAGAUAAACGAUAUUUAAAAUAUACUUCAUUUAAAAACUUCAAACUAAUGUCGACCUUCAAAUAAUAUUUAGAAAAACACAUAUAUAUACAUAUAUACACAUAUAUAUUUAUAUGUAUAUAUGUAUAUCAAUACUUGUGUUUAAUAAAUAAUUCUAUAUAAUUAAUUGUUAUGAAAUCGAUCUCUCUUAUUUAUUUCUUUAUCUAAUAGUUUAUGUAUUAUUUUAAACAUUCUAUAUAAAGAAUGAAUACAUUCGUCUUAAAUUAUCUUUUAAAAAAGAAUCUAUCCAUUUGCUGAUGAAAUUAAUGAUCGCUUAGAUAGUGACCUCUUAUAACGAACAAAGCGUACUUUAUUACUAAAGCUAUGUUUUAAUGCUUAAAUGACAAGAGGUCAGCACCGUUUGAAAGUGGAAGAGUACCGGUACGUGCGGACGAACUGCGCGUGGCCGAGCGCGUAGCGUUAACCAAUGUCUAUUAGUUAGGGUGGCGGUUGUCUGAUAUAAGGACGUCUGAAGCCACGACGACGUUAACGUGGUUUGCCGUGCCUAUUUUUUCAAUUGUGUAAGAAGAAACGACACAAGGUGGCGAGGUUUGAAUCUCGCGUUAAUCCCAUAGAAUCUCUUCCUAUGGCGACUAUGAGUAAUGCUAAUGGAUCCACAAUUCAAAUCAACACGCGUCCGGAUGAUAUACGAAAUCGUAUUAUCGGAGCGGAAGAUUCCAUACAAACCGAUUCAAAAACCUGCGGUAAUAUUUUAGUGGUAUUAUCUUGGAUUUUGGUGAUCAUGACUAUGCCAUUCUCUCUCUUCGUUUGCUUUAAGGUAGUACAAGAAUACGAAAGGGCGGUUAUAUUUCGAUUAGGCCGUCUUCUAUCUGGCGGUGCUAAAGGUCCUGGAAUUUUCUUCAUUCUACCAUGCGUGGACAAUUAUGCUCGAGUCGAUCUUCGAACGAGAACAUAUGAUGUUCCACCGCAAGAGGUAUUAACAAAGGAUAGCGUUACCGUAUCCGUGGAUGCAGUCGUUUAUUAUCGUGUUAAUAAUGCCACUAUUUCUAUUGCCAACGUUGAAAAUGCACAUCAUAGUACGAGACUUCUUGCUCAAACGACGCUUCGAAAUACUAUGGGCACAAGGCCACUACAUGAGAUACUUAGCGAGCGUGAAACUAUUUCUGGUAACAUGCAGAUUUCCUUGGAUGAAGCUACCGAUACAUGGGGCAUAAAAGUCGAACGAGUCGAAAUUAAAGACGUACGGCUACCUGUUCAAUUGCAACGAGCUAUGGCAGCAGAAGCAGAGGCAGCUCGUGAAGCUCGUGCAAAGGUAAUCGCCGCCGAAGGUGAGCAAAAGGCAAGUAGGGCGUUAAGAGAAGCAUCGGAGGUAAUCGGAGAUUCUCCGGCAGCAUUGCAACUACGUUAUCUUCAGACCCUUAACACCAUCUCGGCUGAAAAGAAUUCGACGAUCGUAUUUCCAUUGCCCAUUGACAUGCUUACGUACUUUAUGAAAGCAAGAGAAAUGUCUUAAUUUUAUGUAUUAUUCAAAUGAUAUACAUAUAUUCAAUAUGUACCAAAAAGUUGGUAAAGAUUGGAAAUUGUGAGAAGAUCGAUCAAGUAUGUGGUGAUCGUAUCUCUUAUGUGUGUACGUAUUCGUUACGUUAACAAGACUUGAAUCUGACCAAGAAGAGGAGAGUUGCUAAUGGUAGACCAAAUUUCAACGUUUAUUAUUAAAUUAGACAGGCCAUAAGAUUAAUGUUCUUGCUGAAACAAAGAACAUUUCGCGGUAUAUAUAUAUAUAUAGAAUUAUCUAUACCGAAACAAUUAAAAAACAUUCAUCGAUAUUUUUGGAUGAUCUUAUAAUAACAUCACUGCUCUAUUUACAAACUAAUAUAAAGUAUUUACGCAAUACUUUGAUAAUACUUUAAAUCAAAAAUCGCAUCAUAAGCAAAUAGAACAUCGAAGAACAUGAAUUAGGGUGAGUACAUAAUAUAUUACAUAGGUAUAUUCGACGUAGAAUAAAGAAGGAAACAAAAUUUAAUAUCUAGUUUUUAAUACCGUAAGUUUACGUUUACACGUAAAUCAUGAUUAAUUUGAUAAAAAAAAUAAAAAAAGAAUUUCACACUGCCAAUCAAAGUAAUACGUACACGACCGUUCCAUAAUUCCAUAUUUCGAUAAGAGAAAAUUUUUAAUUUUGCAAAAUAUACAAUUUUGCGAGAUAAUGGAAUGACGAAUCUUCGUAAAAUUUACGAACUACAAACAAGAAUACUAAUCUAUCUGAUACGAACCUUAAGAAUUUUAAGAUUAGACAAGUAUUUAUAUAUUAUACAAUAGAAUUUCUAAUAUACGAACUAAUACAGAUAUCCAUAUGUUCAGAUGAAAGAAUUGUCAUGAAAAGACAAAGAAAAAAAAAAGAUAAUUUAUACUAAAAUAUAAGAAAUUAUCCAUUUCUAUUUGGAUUUUUAUAAUCGUCUAAAUUACCUAAAUCAUUUAUUACGUUUAACCUUAUAAAUAUGUAAUUUCUUCUUACCAAUAAAUUGAAUUUUGAUCGUUAUAGAACAAAAGGAACACUACGUGGAAUAUAUCUGCUUUGAUAGUUCAAAUAAUGAAGGUUUUACCGUAAAUCGCCUAUUAAUUUUUAUGGCACUAAAAUAAUAGAACUGAAAAAUUUAUCUCAAUGUCGAAUCGUUUUUACAAUGAAAGAGAAGAUUGAACAGCAAAGCAUAGAAGCGUCGUUUAAAUAUUUAAUCCAAAUAUAACGGCCUGUAACGAUAAAUGGUUUAGCAUCAGCAACUCUUUCUCUUUCUCUCUCUCUCUCUCUCUCUCUCUCUCUCUCUCUCUUUCUCUUCCUCUCUCUCUCUCUCUCUCUCUUUCUCUCUCUCUCUCUUUCUCUUUCUCUUUUUCUUUUUCUCUUCCUUUCCGGCAAUUGCCUUACGUAUGGUGCUUAUUAAAGGUCUUUCUCUUGGUUAGAAGUUUAAAUAAUAAUUAAUAAGUUUGAAUGUUUGUACUUGAACGAUUUUUACUCAAAUUUUUACUAAGGCUUUUACGAUCGGCUAAACAAAAAUUUUAAAAUAUUUUAUAUUACGAUCAGAUGUGUCAAACUUUUGAUAUUCAACAAAUCGUACGAUCAUGAUUUGUCAUUUAAAAUUUGAGAACAAUUGACACUGAUAUGAUGUUACAAGAAAUAUAAAUACAUUUCUAUUUUAAUAAUAACCCAUUCAGUAAAGACUGUCGAUCGUAUUAAUUUUCAUCUCACUUUCUUAUUUUUAUUCAAUUCACGAUUGUGAUAUGAAAGAUAUGUUAAUUAGCAAUUUAAAUUACUCCUCACAGUCAAUUAAAAUGGUACAUGCCUAAAUCUUGUAAUUUCCAUAAUAGUUAUUCUGAAUCUCUUUUGUGAAAAAGAGAUUCUUCAAUCAAAAAAAUUACGAAGUAUCCAACCUAUUGAUCUUCACGUUCUCGCAUUAUUUAUUUUCGAUUUAUUUAUUUCCGAUGAUUGUCUUUAUUUUAUAGGAAAUGUUACGAUUUAUAAAGAAUAUUAUAAUGAAAUUAAAGUCAUGAUCGCACUUGCUCGCACAUACUUCUAAUAGUUUUAGUUUACUUUCUUAAGAUUUACGAUUUGUUUUUUUUUUAUGUUAUUGAAAUCUUCGAUUUUUUAGUAUUAAAAAAUAAAUAAACCUAAUAUAUAUACUAUACAUAUAUACAAUAUACAUACACGAGGGUAUUUAUGCAUUUUUUUAUUGAAGAAUUUUAACUUUGACGAAAAGAAAAACUUUGAAAUUAUCUAAAUUAAUUAACUUUCAUAAUAAUUAUUAAAUUUUUAUGGAACAGAAGACGAGGCGAGAUUACUGCAAGAUCAUUAAUACAUAAACAAUCUAAGAUGACGCUUUAAUUGACUGCUAGGAAAAUUUAUUUAUUUCUAAAUACACUAAGUACAUUAAUAAGGAGAGAACGACACGAAUUGUAUUAUCUGAUAUUAAACUAAAACUAAUUCUCUAUUUCUUGUUAACAUUGUUUAUGAAAUAUUAAUGUUUAAUCUAUGGUAUUUUAUAUAUAUAUAUAUAUAUAUAUAUAUAUAUAUAUAUAUAUAUAUAUAUAUAUGUAUUUAUGAUAUAUAUAUCGACGUGUUAUUGUGUGAAAAUAUAUCUAAAGAGUGCACUACUGUUGUAUGUUACACAUGUAUUUAUGAUUGGAUCGCAUGAUUGGCUCGUUAAAUGUCUGAUUGAUUUUUUCUUUAGGUGAUAGGUAUUAUUGAAAAAUCAAAAGUGUACGCGUAAUCAAAUAAAAAUUAAUGUUUGAAAAUAUACAAGCGUAAUUCGAACAAGUGUUUAUUAUGUAUACUUGCAGAAGAAGAUACAAUACUCGCGAGAUCCUAUUUUUUAAUCGGAUUAACAUCGUCCUAAUAUUAAAUAAGAAAGCUUGUAAAACAGUUGGAAAGAUCUUUAAAUAAAAUAUGGGCUCGUAA